AUGUUGCAGCUGUGUAGCAAAGGCUUUCCGUCUGAAUGCCCUCGUUGCUCGAAUAAUCGCUUGGAUACUGCAAUUAAGGAGACACACCGCAUUCUAAGUGAUCAAGAGCUAAUGUCCUGGUCUCCUGAAAAUGCCAAAAUGUUUUCCGACAUUGAGGAAGGAGCGCAUAUCACCAUGAGUUUAGCCAGUAAACGCGACUAUCUCAUUCGAAAAGUCAAACUACUCGAGAAAUUCAGGAGCUUGAUAGAGUCUGAAGAUAUGUGGUCGAGAUCACUUUUUUCGCCGCAAGAAAUUUUGGUGUUUGUGGUACUAAAGCGGAAGUUGCAACAACGAAAUAUCGACAAAUUUGAGUUGCAGGAUUUUGGAAACGAUCAAUUUUUUGGUAUCGAGGUCUAUGAAGCAACGCAGGACAAUAUCAAGCGUGUUGUUCACGGCGAUAAAGUCACUGUCGUUUUUGGUCAGCUUUACACUGCUAAAUAUCUUUAUAAUCCAACCGAUUUUCCAAGAAAGAAAGGGAAAAACGGGAGCAGCAUUUGGUCGUGGAUCAGCCGUCAGAACUCGUAUGGGUAUGAUGCGAUGUAUCGUGAUGCUAAGACGGGUAAGAAUGGUGGUUCAUGGAUCGUUUUGCAUCCGUAUGCAAUAUUUCCUCUCUAUCGAGUUGAUUUUGAGGAAGCAGACAAGAAGAAUUUCUUGAAGAACUUACCAGAAAUCAGUCAAAUCAACUUGCGAUCGCAAAAGAUUGCGUUUAACAAGCCGGGUGGAGUAACAAUUGAGUGUAAAAAAAAGCCUUUUGCUCAGACACCCUACACUUUAUCAGACGCUGACAUUGACGUGCUUCGUGAACUGGCGAUGGCGGUGAGCCCCUUGUUUGAUAAGCUCAACGUGUGGUAUCCAUGGGACGGAAAAAGUCUUUCUACAGGAGUUGCUGAGGCGAUUCCUGAUUGCACGGAAAAAACUCUUGCUUCAAAAUUAUCAUUCGUUCCACUGGAAUUUUGUGAUAGUUCGCAUAAGACAUUUAAGACGCCGUUUGGUGGUGUAAAUUAUGUGCAAAACCUGCUGUCACAGGGAAAGCUCAAGGAAGAUGGCAAUUUAUUUCUGGCUUUGGAAUUGCUCGCGAUUCGAAAGCAGGAUACCAGCGAAGCCCGCUUAAAACUGGAAGGUUAUGUUGCUCAAUUAUGUGGCGAAGAUUGUGGGUAUGCUCACCCGCUUGUUAUCAUUGCUCUCGCACGCUUGGCAGCUCGCUCAAGCUUAGCACAGACUUCAGACAUUCAACAAAAGUUGCUUGAAAAGUUUAGUAUAUUUUACCCAGAUGCCAGCAGCUUGUGGUUGACGCAAGCAGAAACAGAGCUCGUACAUUCGAAGAGCAGUAGAGCAGUCGCAAUGGGUGUUACCAUUUCUGGCUCAGCUUCACUGGAGGACAACUGGGAAAGCCUCAGAUGUCAGCACGGCUGUCAGUCUCAAGCGAUGGAAAAGUUGUUGAAACUAGUUGGACUAAGCAAAGUGAAACAUGCAGCGGUGAACUUGUUUAAAAAUGCAUUAGUACUCCAACAGCUAUCGGCAAUACAGCGCAAGAAGAACGCUAUGGCAUUUAAUUAUUGCUUUGUGGGUAAUCCUGGUACUGGUAAAACUACAGUUGCUCACUUGUUUGCCGAAAUUUUACGAGACUCAAAAAUUCGCACGUCUAAUAAAUUAAUUGAGUGCAACGCUCAAGAGCUAAAAGACAAAGGUGCUGUAGAAUUUCGAAAUAUGCUGGAAAAAGCAACGGAUGGUGUUUUGUUAAUUGAUGAAGCAUACGAGCUAGAUCCUUUGGGGGAUUCUAAGGGAAAGCCGAUCGUAGCUGAGUUGUUGACCGCAGCCGAAGACUAUCGAGACAAAAUUUCUAUCAUUCUUGCAGGCUAUCAAGACGAUAUCUAUAACAAACUAUACGCGUAUAAUGCUGGGUUGUCAUCACGCUUUGAAGAAGUCGUGUUUGAUGAUUAUGAUGCACAGGAGCUAGAAGCAUUGUGGGAUCAUAAAGCGCAAGAUUGCGAAUGGAAGUACGAGAAGGCCACGGUGAAAGUCGCUUGUCGGCGUCUUGCUAGAUCUGCCGGACAAAAAGGGUUUGGUAAUGCGCGGGCUGUGCGAAACUUAUUCGAGCGAGCUGUCAAAGAAGCCUUGGCACGAGACGACUUCGGCGGAAAUCUUAAGUUUCAAACCGUGGACAUACUGGGAGACCGUCCUUCGGCGAAUCCAAAGCUACAAUUGGUGAUGAAAGAACUUGACACGAAGACAGGAUGGGGAAAAGUCAAGAAAGAAAUGAAGAGAUUGGUUCGUAUCAGUGAUGAAAAUUUCGAACGCGAAUUAAAGGGUCAGGAAAUUGUACAGGUCUUUCUCAACCGACUUUUCUUAGGCAACCCAGGAACGGGAAAAACAACUUGUGCUGGAUAUUACGGUCGUAUUUUGAAGGCGCUUAACUUUUUGAGCAAUGGGGAGAUUGUGAAAAAACUGCGGGUGACUUCGUCGGAAGCCAUGUAG